AUGGGAUUGACCGUCAAUCCCAUGGGCUUGUUCGUGUUCGUUGUUGAGCUCGGCAUCGUGUGUGGGUCCGAAUCGACCCCGGGGGCGGGCGGACGGGCGGGCCCCGAUGCCGGCCGGGCUUGGCGAUCUACGGGAGCGGCCAUGUGGCGUGUUUCAACUGCAGACUUGGGGAGACCAUUUCGAUCCGAGGGCAGAGCCGGUGUGCAUCCGCGGUUGGCGAAUCCCGCCGAGCAUCAAGGCGAGCAAUUACCGGCAGCGAGAGAGAAGCGAGGUAAUUGGUUGUCAUCGGCGCUAGUCAGCGCACAGAUCAAGGUAGACUUCAUUGUGGACGCGGGCAUUCCGGCGAGAUGA